ACCGACGAUGACGGGGAUGUGAACUUUCGUGAAAUUUAUCAGUUAUCAAUACAAUUUGCUGUUUUGUUACAAUCGAUUGGUCCAAGAAAAGGAGAACCUAUCCUGCUUGUGAUACCGAAUUCUGCAUGGUAUCCUGUUUUAUUUCUCGGUGCAGCACUAAUAGGAUGUCCUCUGACAGGGAUCAAUCAAGAUUCCACUGUUGGUACUGAAUUUCUGAACCUCUAA